AUGGCGUUCCGCAGUCCUUUUGCUGCGGUCCCUCGUCAGUUAUGGGGCAAUGCGACCACCCCAACCCUGCGCUCGGCUAGCCUCAAGUCCCUGGUAGGCCGUGGUCUUGCUACAGCAGUCCCACCAGUUACGCAAAAUGCAGUUGGUUCAAAGGGGCCGACCGCAAUGGUUUUCAUGAACAUGGGUGGUCCAUCAACAACAGAUCAAGUGGAGGACUUUCUGAGCAGACUAUUUUCCGAUGGCGAUUUGAUUCCCUUAGGCCGCCUUCAAUCAUAUAUUGGUCCAAUCCUGGCACGCCGACGAACCCCGAAGAUCCAAAAGCAAUACGCCGACAUUGGUGGUGGCUCACCAAUUCGAAAAUGGUCGGAAUACCAAUGCGAGGAGAUGUGCAAAAUAUUGGACAAAAUUUCGCCAGAGACUGCGCCGCACAAGCCUUAUGUUGCGUUUCGCUAUGCGGCCCCGUUGACGGAGACAAUGUAUAAUCAAUUAUUUGAAGAUGGAUUUGGUAAUGGAAAGGGAGGCCGGGCGGUUGCUUUCACCCAAUAUCCACAAUAUUCCUGUUCUACGACUGGCAGUUCGUUGAACGAAUUGUGGAAAUUACGGAAUCGUAUGGAAGGAAAGCGUGCUGAUGGCGAGGUUGAUCAAGCUGGCGCAAUUCAGUGGAGUGUCAUUGACCGAUGGCCCACUCACCCCGGUCUUGUUGAGGCGUUUGCGCAAAAUAUCGAGGCUCAGCUGAAGACGUACCCGGAAGACAAGCGAGAUAAGGUUGUACUAUUGUUCUCUGCGCACAGUCUGCCUAUGAGCGUCGUUAACCGAGGCGAUCCUUAUCCCGCCGAAGUAGCAGCAACAGUCCAUGCUGUGAUGCAGCGUCUUAAGUUCAGCAACCCCUACCGUCUUUGCUGGCAGUCUCAGGUUGGCCCUUCGGCCUGGCUGGGUGCGCAGACCCAGGAUACGGUGAAUGAAUAUGUCAAGCGUGGUCAGACCGAUUUGAUUCUUGUGCCUAUUGCUUUCACCAGCGAUCAUAUUGAGACCCUAUACGAGUUGGAUCUGGAGGUUAUAGAAGAAGCCAACAGCCCCGGUGUCAAGCGUGCUGAGAGUUUGAAUGGCAACCCUACCUUCAUUCAAGCACUGGCAGAUGUUGCGCAUGACCAUCUCCAGAAUGGAGAACCCUGCUCUGCGCAGAUGACCCUCCGUUGCCAGGGAUGUCGCAGUGAGCGAUGCCUUGAGCAGAAGAAGUUCUUCGCUGGUAAGGAGCUUUCUUCUCUCGUCUUGUAA